AGAUAGGAGUACAAUUCAUUAACGAUCGUUGAAGUAUAACGAACUCCUUCGAAGAGUGAUCCGAGCAGCAAGAGUGCCUUGAGUGCCGUGUUUUGUUCUCAAAGAACUUUGAAAAAAAUAUAUCGAAAAGUGUGUGAUAGCACUGAAGUGUGUUGUGAUCCUAAACAGAACAGAAGCAUCCAGUAAUCAUGAAAGUGUUUGUCGCUGUAAUUGCCGUGCUAGUGGCCAGUGCCAUGGCCGCCCCAGCCCCGGCUGAGGAAUCUACCAGCUCGAGUGGCCUCGGAAUGGCCCUCCGGUACUUUGGAAGCUGUAUGGAAUCGAACGAAAUGGGAACCUGCCUCGCCGUGAAAGGAAUUACCGCCCUGAACCGUGCUGCCCGUGCCAACAACAUCGAAAUCGUGCCUGGUGUUACUUUCUCAAGAGACCCAACCGCCCCGGUUGAUCGCAUGGGCAAGUCCGUGUCCGAAAACGAAAUCAUCAGCACCCUGCCGACCACCUCCGAAGACAAGAGCGACGCCCUGUUCGAUUUGGCCGUCGACUCCGCCAAGCGUCUGUUCGCCGCCCGCUCCAUCCAGUUCAAGCUGCCCGAGGAAACCCAGGAAACCAUCGCCCGUUCUAUCGAAGAAGGUAGACUGCUGAAGAAAGGUAAGAAGCUAAAGAAGAUCCUGGGCCCACUCGUCCUGGCUAUCGGAGGAAAGCUGUUCGCCCUGUUGCCCCUGCUCCUCGGAGGUGUCGCUCUGAUUGCAUUCAAGGCUCUGAUCGUCUCCAAGAUUGCUCUGGUUCUGGCUGUCAUCCUCGCCGUCAAGAAAUUCAUCGGAGGUGCCGCUGAAGGAGCCGCCACUCUGGGUCUGCUGUCCAAGGCUGUCGGAGGUGCUGCCGCUGCUGGUGCUGGUGCUCUGGGAGCUGGUGCUCUGGGAGCUGGUGCCCUAGCUGCUGGUGCCGGAGGUUCCUCCGGUGGAUGGUCGUCGGGAGCUGGUGCCCAAGGAUGGUCUCAAGGAAACGCUCAGUAUCCUUAUGCUCGUAGCUACGAUACCGCUCAAGACCUCGCCUACAGCGCUCAGGCCCCAAAGGCGUAAACCGCCUCUUCCCCCGCCCCACGCACCCCUACUUCCCGAAACGAAACCAUAUUAGGUUAGGAAACCACUUCCUCCAAAACUCUACGCACCAAUUCUAAUUCUUGUAACUAUUACUAGUCUUCGCCCCCCCCCCCACCCUCCUCUCUUGGGGUUCAACUCGGGUCACCCUUCCUCACUUCAACCUCUUGCUGUCCACCUUGCACUACGCACACGGCACCCUCCAGCUGCAGCGAAUUGCACCCACUCCAUCGAUCUAGUCUAAUACGCAAUUUCACGCGAGAGUCAGAAAGCGAGACAACGCAUCGUUGACGAGUCUACAACACAGAGUCAUCCUGAAGCCGGCAAAACGAGGUCUCCGUCAUCUACGCUCCGAUCAACACGCACCGCUCGUCCACAAUUAUUCGACACAUCAGAUCGUAACGAAAACCGAUCCAUCUGCAAACAUCUAAUCUUUCUCCAACAAACAACCAAACGCCUCUUCCUACUAUCUCUUCACCACCCGCCCUGAAAAAGAAUAACAAACAAACCAACCAACCCACCACAACGACGAGAAGAGUGUAGAAAGAGUGGAAUCACCCGCCCGUUUCGGCGACGAUCGAGUAUCAUCAUCAUGAUCGGGUAACGUAUCGAUUGUUUGAUGAUAGCGAGACUUGCAACGGUUCGAAAACACUAUCACACGAAGAUGCAGAGCCACCGCCGGGCUCCGCGGCGCCAAUUUGUACAUACACGAAUCAUCUUUAGGGAAACGAAAGUUUAGCACAUGAGAGAAUUUGCACAAAGCGAAGCGAGCUGCCGAGUGGCUUUGAAACACCUCCGCCGAUGGCUUUCCGUUCUGUACAUCUUUGCAUUAACUGUCUACAAUCUUUACGCUUCGGCGCCUUUUCCUCUGCCUUUCAAUUUCACCAGUUUCCCCUUCCCCUUCAAUCUUAAGUAGUGUUUUAUUAGUGUUUAGUAAUUUAUUUGCCCAACAAGAUGAUGAAAAGAGAAGAAAAUCAAACCGCGAAUGAUCGAACACGUGUAAUUAAUUUAUUUUAUUUAUGAUUAUAACUUAAUACAUAACAUCUGAAAAUGCCACAA